GUCACACUACUGCCCGACUACUGCCGGCCUUAUCGGCCGCUCGCUAAUCAGAUGUGAUAACGGGAGUCUCCGCCAGGUCUCCGCUCUCGUUUCUCAAAGCAGUCGAAGGGUCCUUUCAUUUCUUCGACAGACCCUCACCCGGAACGAUGUCGGACGUGCGGGAUCUCUCUGCCCUAAACAGCUCUGCUCAGGAGCUUGUGCGGCUCAGUGUGGGCGUCCGCGAGAAAGCCUACUGCCCCUACAGCCGCUUUAAGGUCGGCGCCGCCCUCGUGUGCGACGACGGUACCACCUUCACCGGCGUCAACGUCGAGAACUCCUCGUACGGCGCCACUAUCUGCGCCGAGCGCUCAGCCCUUGUCGCGGCCGUCACCGCAGGACACCGCAAGUUCAAAAGGAUCUGUGUUAGCGCCGAGGCAACCAGCACCACUGGCUUCAUCUCGCCUUGCGGUGUUUGCCGCCAGUUCAUGAGCGAAUUCGGGGACUUUGAUGUCAUGCUGGUCCGCCCCUCAGACAAGCGAGUGCUGUUUACCUCCGUGCAUCACCUUCUGCCUAUCAACCUGGACCCGCUGCAGGAGUUCCUCACCACCGGAAGCUAAUUCAAUCAUCAAGCUUUUUAUGUUUUGGAUCGACUGAUUGCGUAGUUAAUUGAAUAAGGCAAAGUAAUUAUUAUUGUUAGCGUUCGUUAGACCUGUUGAACGUUUGCUCGUUCAUUUGACUAUUUUUAGCGAUUUUAUGACACUCGCAGUGCAAAUUUUAGCACAGUAUUACUAAAUAUUAACAUCACGCACGAAAGCCUGUAAACAUCCUAAAUAUAGAUGAAGUACCUGUCGA